UCUUUUUUUCGAUUUUCCCAAAGCUAUUUUUCGUCAAACAUCUUAGCAGUUAUUGCAAUGAGCUUGCCACAAGCUAUUGAAGAUAAAAGGUUGGUUCCCCAAUAUCAAGGGCAUAACACUGAAGAUACAGUUGCUUUGACAAAAAGUUUUCUACGAUAUGUCACUUUUGAAGGAAAGCGUGGGACGUGAUCUUUACAGAUCCCGAGUUGACUCUUGAGACACUUCGUCACCGCGCCAUUUCAGGCACAGUAUGUCAAAAAGGAUUACGUUCCAUUUGUUGGAAGGUAGUUACAAAUAAAUAUAUACGCUUUGAAAGAAAAAUGAGGCGACGGUAAGAAAAGAUUUUGGAAGUAUACUGAAAGAGCAGCUGUAGAUAUUCCUCGGCUAUUUGCCCAAUUUGGAGGUCUCCGGUUGGCCUGCAUUGCUGAUAAAAGAACGUCAACACUAUACAGAAUUGAAAAGAAAAUAUAUUGACGAGCCAGCAGAGAGAAUGAGUGGUAAAACAAAAGGAGAUGAACUGGAGGAUUUAUCGAGUAAUAACCCAUUAUCACUGAAUGAUCACAACCCAUGGCAGCAAUAUUUUGCCGAUACAGAGAUGAGAAGAAUCAUCCAGCAAGAUGUAGAGCGAACGUUUCCGGAUAUAGACUUUUUCCGUCAACAAACUGUCCAACAGCACCUCACCGAUAUCUUAUUCAUCUACUGCAAACUUAAUCGAAAGAUUUCUUACCGACAAGGGAUGCAUGAGUUACUGGCUCCCUUUUAUUGGGCAUUGCAAACAGAUAGCGUAGAUUUAUCAAUCAGUAACGACCAAUUCCUCGACCCUACAGUCAAGUUGAUGGUUCAAGUCUUGGAUUCUCAAUACGUAGAACAUGAUGCGUAUAUUUUGUUUGAGAAGCUCAUGAAAUCCGCAAAAACAUGGUAUGAUUUUAACGAUGACGCAGCAACAUCUGAAAGGAAGCCCAUGGGUGGCAAAAACAAAUAUAGAUCUGAACUCUUAUCGGAAAAGGUACCCAGAGUUGAGGAAACUGCUCGAUUGAGCCCUAUAGUUAUGAUUUGCCAUCAGAUUCAUCAUCAGCAUUUACGUACGGUGGAUCCAACACUGUACAAACAUUUAGAAAGCUUUAGUAUAGAGCCUCAACUUUAUGGACUUCGCUGGAUCCGCUUACUAUUCGGUAGAGAAUUUGACUUUUACGAGUUAUUAAAGUUAUGGGAUGCAAUUUUUGCUCAGAGUCCUAGCUUGGACAUUGUCGAAUACAUUUGUGUGGUAAUGCUAUUACGCAUAAGGGAUCAAUUAUUACAGAAGGAUUAUGCAGAGUGUCUCAGUUUGUUGAUGCGACCAUUACCGAACCAAUAUAUUUCAAAACCUGCCAGUAUUGUCGAGCAAGCCAAACUGCUCAUGGAUAAUCCAUCUACAGAUACAGCCCUUCAAAUUUUGCAACAGAUGGAUUUGAGAUCGGGCAAAGAACCCCGUCUCACGCUGGAAGUCGAGAGAUCCGCUAGCAUUCAGAGUAAUUAUACUAGCCAGCACAAUGGUAAUAGGGUUCGAUCUUCGUCUGCCGCUGCAUCAUCACCUAUAAUUUCCCCUCCUAUGCUACAGCACAAGAGUUCAUCACAAGGUUUUGAGAAUUUUGCCAGAAAUAUGAUGAAGAAUCCACAAGUAAGAGAUUUAAAUAAAGCUAUUGCGGGUGUCAUGGGUACAGUUCAGAAAAAUGUUAAUGCUUUUGGAAACCGGUACCAGCAACAACAGGAAUUUUCCUCCGAAUUUCCUCCUAGUAUAGAUCGCAUAAUGAAUGCAAAGAAUACAACAGCAGUAAAGCCUAAUUCUAUCGAUCAACAAUCACUACUGACAUAUAAUCAACCCUUCGCCUCUACAUCUUCCGUCGAUGCUAUUUCCGGGUUGUCAAAGCAUAUGAUAUCAUCUUCCCAACUACGGCAGUUGGGAGAUAUGCUAGCGAAAUGUAUCAAUAUAUUAGAAGAUGAAAUGUUUCCUCCUGUUACCCCUCCUUCCUCAAAAUCGUUUGAAGAGAAAAGCAGUAAGGAUACAGUGAUAAAAAGCAUAGAUAUUACGGAAAAAGCUAACAAAGAGAAAGAGCUUGCUGAGCAGUCAACAACAUUUUCUGGGGACGGAAAUGGCACAGAAUAUAGCAGCAAAAUGAAUUCUGAGGAUGUUGUGCCUACAGUGAACGAAGACGUACAGUUACAAAAACAGCAACAACGCAGAGAUGCUAAACUGGUCAUGACACUAGUAGGACUGAAACACAUUCGUGAUAUAUUAAAUGGCAAACAAACUCAUUUCGACCCAAGCAUUAUCAAUAUCGAUGACUAUAAUAACGAUGUCAACUCAAAUGAUGAGCUUAAGAAUUCAAGUUCUCCCCUCACCAAAGAUGACUGGCAAAUGGUCAAUCACCCUACUAUCUCACCAAACACGAGUGGGAUUAUUAAGGACGAUGACGCAACACCUUGCAAUGCUGCAACAUCAUCGACAAAGAUGAAGAUAGCAGAAAGCGUGACGCAUAUUCCUUCCUCGAAAAAAGAUUCUUCUUUCCAGCAGCAACUGAUACCAACAGCAGAGAAGACUACUGCAGAAUAUGUUCCAAGGAACCCUACGCCUUUCAAAAAGCCCAUAAAAUACCGCAUUGAAGAUUUGAUAUCCGAUUCUGAUCUAAAUCCUAUUACAACGUCGAAUAAGCUGAAAUGGAUGCUGACACCAAGAGAAAAUUCAAAUAGCACAAAUAGUAGUAGUAGUGGUAGUGGUAGUUGUAAUAAUAGUAGCAAGACAUUAUUUGGUAACACUAAGAGCAGUGAAAAAAUUACUGAUCCCUCAGCCAUAUUAAAAAAGAAGAAGAGUCAUAGCUUUAUUUUGACGUGGAAACAAUCUGCCAAUGAAACUAUAGAAGAGAAAAGCACAGGUAGCAGUGAUGGAUAUCAGCAGAAUACAUUGGACCCGUUAGACGCUAAGAACGUGGACAGUAAAAAGUUUUAUGAUGAUGGUUUCUAAUAUUUCAAUAAAAUUGCAGUUGAUGAAAUUCCACUUUUCAACCAAUAAAAUUGAAUUACAAUUCUUUAUACACAACUGCAUAAGUGAUGAUAACGAAAACAUUUGUGAGAAAGCAGUGAACCGAAUGGCAGUGUAUAAAGCAAUACUAAAAUUGGAUUCUUUCUAUGUAUACUAUCUACAGCUGCUCAAUUUACAUCCAUGCUUCUAAAGGUCAGGCUCUAAUUUUACAUUUUUGAUUUAAAGCGAUGUUACGCUGGUGAUCUAAGGCUUUCGUACGAGCUAAAUAGAAAAUUUAUGCAGACCAAUUGGUUCCAGGAACAGAAAUAAACCAUAAAUGGACACCCUAUGUAGAGGAAACGAAAAGCUGUCACAAAUUUUCCUUUCGAAGAUGAU